AUGAAUUCUACCACUGGACAAAAGUCAUUCUCCAUUGACUCUAUUGUAUCUAAUGGUACAGAAAAUACAGGAAAUGAAAAUAAACAUAAUUUAAAAGAAGAAAUGGCAAAAUUUACAGCAUUAAUGAGUAAAAAUACAACUAUUCCCCAAACAUUGUCAUAUUUUGAUGUUUUAAUGCCACAUGUUCAGAUGGCAUGUGCAAAUCCUUUUUUAUCUUCUACCAAUAAUAAUAAUAGUAGUAAUAAUAAUCAUGAGAUACCAUCAACUACAACUAUUAAUUUACAACAACGUUUAUGGAAUCAACAUUGGUUAGAAUUACUACAACAUUCUAUGAUAUCACCACAAAAUGGUGAUAUUGCUCCGGGACUAUUUUUACAACCAUUGAAAAAAACUAAACGUAUCCGGACUGCUUUCUCACCAUCACAACUUAUUCAUCUUGAAAAAGCAUUUGAAUCAAAUCAUUAUGUUAUUGGAAAUGAGCGUAAGCAGCUGGCAUCUAGGUUAUCCUUAACAGAAACACAAGUAAAAGUUUGGUUUCAAAAUAGAAGAACAAAACAUAAAAGAAAUAAACAUGGUGAAGGAUACAAAAGUGGUGAAUGUAGUCCAGUUGAUUGUUGUCUUGAUGAAAUUGAAGAAGAGGAAGAGGAGUGA